GCCGCCGCCCCCUCGCCGCCCGCCCCGCCCGCCGGGACCCGCCGCCCCGGCAUGAAGGUGCUCCGGCACAAGAUCGAGCUCCUGACAGGGCUGCUGCUGCAGGAGAUGACCAUGGCAGGGCUGCACGAGCUGCGCUUCACCGAGGAGAAGCCGCUGCUGCGAGGACAGGACGCCGAGCUGGAGAACUCGGAUGUCUUCCUCCCCACCGUGGACACAGACUGGAAGGAACACGACAUUGAGACCCCCUAUGGGCUGCUGCACGUGGUCAUCCGGGGCUCUCCCAAGGGGAACCGCCCGGCCAUCCUGACGUACCACGAUGUGGGCCUCAACCACAAGCUUUGUUUCAACACCUUCUUCAACUACGAGGACAUGCAGGAGAUCACGAAGCACUUUGUGGUGUGCCACGUGGACGCGCCGGGCCAGCAGGCAGGAGCCUCACAGUUCCCUCAGGGGUACCAGUAUCCAUCCAUGGACCAGCUGGCUGCCAUGUUACCCAGCGUGGUGCAGCAUUUCGGGUUCAAGUAUGUGAUCGGGAUCGGUGUUGGAGCAGGAGCCUAUGUGCUGGCCAAGUUUGCGCUCAUCUUCCCUGACCUGGUUGAAGGGCUGGUCCUUAUGAACAUCGACCCCAACGGCAAAGGCUGGAUUGACUGGGCAGCUGCCAAGCUCUCUGGCCUCACCAGCACGCUGCCAGACAUUGUCCUGUCCCACCUGUUCAGCCAGGAAGAGCUGAUGAACAACACGGAGCUGGUGCAGAGUUACCGGCAGCAGAUUGGCAGUGUGGUGAACCAGUUCAACCUCCAGCUCUUCCUCAACAUGUACAACGGCCGCAGGGAUCUGGACAUCAACCGGCCUGGGACUGUGCCCAAUGCCAAGACGCUGCGCUGCCCGGUGAUGCUGGUGGUCGGAGACAACGCUCCUGCUGAGGAGGGGGUGGUGGAGUGUAACUCCAAGCUGGAUCCCACCAACACCACAUUCCUGAAGAUGGCUGACUCUGGUGGGCUGCCCCAGGUCACGCAGCCAGGCAAGCUGACUGAAGCCUUCAAGUACUUCCUGCAAGGCAUGGGCUACAUGCCAUCUGCCAGCAUGACCCGCCUGGCACGCUCCCGCACGGCCUCCCUCACCAGCGCCAGCUCCGUGGAUGGCACCCGCCCACGUGCCUGCACCCACUCGGAGAGCACCGAGGCCAUGGGGCAGAUCAACCACACCAUGGAGGUAUCGUGCUGAGGUCCACGCCCGCCGCCGACGUCUCCUUCAGAGCCAUCUCCCAUCCGUCAGCAUCCCGCCAGCACCCACCCGCCCCGUGGACAUCCUCCACCAGGGCCCUCGCUUCUUCGGGGUCAAUUUGUCUUCUUUGCCUUGGCCUCAUCCCCUUGUCUGGUACAGGAGAAGGAGAGGGGCUUUGUCCAGCUGUCACACAUGGUUCUGCAUUGGUCCUCACCCUCCCUAGCAUUGGCUUGGCCCUGGCUUGGGAGGGUGGGUGGCAGGGGGACAGGGCCAGGAUGGGGUAGCAGGGUCAGGGUGGUGAGAUGGGGACAGAAUGUUGGGAUGGGAUGGGAUGAUGGGAUGGGACAGCAAGUGGAGAUGACUCAGGAGGUGGGUUGGUCUCCCAAGUUCAACUGAUGGCUGACCAAAAGGAAAACGGGAACAGGGAGCAGCGCUUACUGGGAGGUCAUUGGUCCGUUCCUAGGGAUGCAGUUUUCAUUUCUCCCUGAUGGCCCUCUCUAGGGAGAGCUAGCAUGGGAUCCCCCAGCACACCCAGGACUUGCUACCCCAGAGCUGGCUGUGAGCCUUAUGAGAAAUCACAUCCCAAACUCCCUUUGCCCUGGUCAUGUACCCUGAGGGCUGCCCUGGGGCAAGUGAAGAGGGGUCAGCCCUAGUCCAGAAGCUAUAAGGGCAGGAGGGUGGCACAAGUGUCUCCCUGCCUCUGCCCAUGCCCUCACCAGUGGUGGCACUUCCUUUGUCCCUUGUUGCAAGGAGGACAAUUAUCGCCUGUCACCAAAAAUGCACUGGGGAGGGGGGAAUUGGCUGGCUCAGUCCCUGCCACACUGUCAGUUCCACUCCCAGCUCUUGGGCUGAGCCUGCCAUGGUCCAGAGGGCACUGUUUUAGGGGAUGUCACACAGCAAAUCCCACCUCAAGUUUUGCCACAACCUGUGGGUGUCAUCACCGAGGAGCCAUUAGCAAUAAGAUGAGACACUCCCCGCACCGUGCUGGGGAGCCCUCAGCACCCUCUGCCCCACAGGGUGCCUCAGCACAAGAUGCUGGCAGCGUGGGGUGACCUGUGGGAUGUGGGGAGCACUCCAUGGUCUGGCUUUGCCCACAUGGCUGGCCAGACCCACCAUGGCUCCCCAGAUCCACAUCCCCACCUCCAGCACUUUGCCUGGCACUGAGCGGGGCAGGGCAUCUCUCAAGGGCUUGGCUCCCCCCGGGCCGUGGGGCCCCAUCUGGCCACCAACUCCAGGUGGCUCUUGCCUCUUGCACUCGGCAUGGAGACCCUGUCUGUCAUUGCAUAAUCCCAGUGAUGGCCACCCAGCCUCUGCUGCCACAGCAGCAGUGCCCAGCCCCUCCUGUGCCCACUGUGAGGCACGGGCAAGGAUGGCCCUGGCUCUGGUGAUGGGUGCUGAAGUCUCUGUAGGUGGUCCAUGGAGGAUCUGAGCAGGGAAACCCACCAGGUGCCACCACCUGGGCGAGCAGAACCAGCCUGCUGGAAGCAGGUCCCACCCAGCCCCACAAAAGUAUUCUACCCUCAGACCCCAUCCCUGCUCCCAGUGAAGGGCACAGAGGUCCUGGGGUUCCCAGCGGGUGUAUGAGGGCUUUUGGCCCUGAGACCCGUGCCCCACCCAAACCCUCCCAUAGUAAAAGGCCACCCCAAAACACCAGUGUUCCCCUUUGUCCUCCACUUCGUUCUGCUGUGUGCUUCCUUCUUGGUGUGACUCUGAAAGCUAUGUAGCUCCUUUUUACGGUAGAUACCGCUGCGAUCUCUUGUUUUCUCAGCGUGUCCUUCCAGAUGAUAUAUAUAUAUAAAUACCUAUACAUAAUAUAUAUAUAAGGGUUUGCCCAAUCCCUGACCUUUUUGGGUUCACUCCUCCUUGCAUUCUUGUCCAAGCAGUGCUGUGUGGUUUCCCUGGAGGUGGUGUGGCUGUGCUCGCCUUCAGUUCCUCACCUUGGUUUUGUUGGUUGGUUGGUUUGGUUUUCCCUGGUGGUUUGUUCUUCUGAUUUUUGUUGGUUUUCCUUUUUUUCCCAGUCACAGCGGAAUUUAACACAUUUUCCUGUCUGAGUGCAGCCUGGUUUUGUCACAGCGGCAUCGAGGCCGCAGCACUCAUGAGACAGCAGUAUGUAAACCAGAUUUAACUAACCUGUUGCUGUAGAGAGGAGUUACUGUGUUGGAAAUAAACCAACAAACUAAUAAAGAUGUUAAGAACCUGC